AGAGAGAGAGAGAGAGAGAGAGAGAUCUCGCUUCAUUCUCUGCCCGGACAGAUGUGAAGCAGAUGCUGAGGAAGCCAAGGUGUUUGUGGAUGCCCCUGUAUCUUGCACCUUACACACCAUCAUGCUCGAGUCAUUAAUGCUGGAUCCAGGACAACUCCACCACCAUCAUCAUCAUCAUCACCACCGUACCAUAGUAGUCUAGCGGCUAUGCUCACGCGGCACGUUUGAAGAUGUGCGGAAACCCGCCGCUUUUUGUCACCUUGCUGCUCCUGCCGACGCUCGCGCCCCGGGCGCUGGCCAGUAGCAGCAGCAGUAGCAGCAGUGGGCGCGAGCGCCCGGGGAUGUCGCGCGCAGCGGCCCGCUCCGUGGCCCGCAUGGACGGUGACGUGAUUCUCGGCGCGCUCUUCUCCGUGCAUCACCAGCCGUCGGCGGAGCGCGUGGCCGAGCGGAAGUGCGGCGACGUGCGCGAGCAGUACGGCAUCCAGCGCGUGGAGGCCACGUUCCACACGCUCGACCGCAUCAACGCCGACCCGCACCUGCUCCCUAACAUCAGCCUCGGCUGCGAGAUCCGCGACUCGUGCUGGCACUCGUCCGUCGCCCUCGAGCAGAGCAUCGAGUUCAUCCGGGACUCCCUCAUCUCGAUCCGUGACGACUCCAAAGAAGGCUCCAAGUGGUGCGUGGACGGCACGCCCUCGAGCCACCCGCCGCCCUCCAAGAAGCCCAUCGCGGGAGUCAUCGGACCCGGGUCCAGCUCCGUGGCCAUCCAGGUGCAGAACCUGCUGCAGCUCUUUAACAUCCCGCAGAUCGCCUACUCCGCCACGAGCAUAGACCUGAGCGACAAGACGCUCUUUAAGUACUUCCUGCGGGUUGUGCCGUCCGACACGCUCCAGGCGCGCGCCAUGCUCGACAUCGUUAAGCACUACAACUGGACUUAUGUUUCUGCUGUGCACACAGAAGGCAACUAUGGGGAGAGUGGCAUGGAGGCUUUUAAGGAGCUCGCAGCCGAAGAGGGACUGUGUAUCGCACACUCUGAUAAGAUCUACAGCAAUGCAGGGGAGAAGCACUUCGAUCGCCUCCUGAGGAAGCUGCGCGAGCGUCUGCCCAAGGCGCGCGUGGUUGUCUGUUUCUGCGAGGGCAUGACGGUACGUGGCCUUUUAAUGGCCAUGAAACGACGAGGAGUUUCUGGAGAAUUUCUGCUCAUUGGGAGUGACGGAUGGGCAGAUCGUGACGAGGUGGUGGAGGGAUACGAGCAGGAAGCGGACGGAGGCAUCACCAUGAAGCUGCAGACCGAGGAGGUCAAGUCGUUUAACGACUACUUCCUGAAGCUGCGCCUGGACACCAACACCAGGAACCCGUGGUUCGCCGAGUUCUGGCAGUACCGCUUCCAGUGCCGUAUACCUGGCCAUCCACAGGAGAAUUCCAACUACCAAAAAAUCUGCACAGGAAAUGAGAGCUUGAAGGACAACUAUGUGCAAGACAGUAAGAUGGGCUUUGUGAUCAACGCCAUCUACGCCAUGGCUCAUGGCCUCCAUGAUAUGCAUCGUGACAUGUGUCCAGAUCACGAGGGACUUUGCGAAGCUAUGGACCCCAUCGACGGCAGCAAACUUCUAGACUACCUGCUCAAAACCGCCUUCAGUGGCGUCUCAGGAGAGGAGGUGUAUUUCGACGAGAACGGAGACUCUCCUGGCAGGUAUGACAUUAUGAAUUUGCAGUAUGUUGAGGAGCUCGGUCGCUAUGACUACAUCAAUGUUGGCUCAUGGCAUGAAGGUCUGCUGAGCAUCGACGAUUACAAGCUGAUGACCAACCGUAGUGAGAUGGUGCGCUCCGUCUGCAGCGACCCUUGUUCCAAGGGCCAGAUCAAGGUGAUCCGGAAAGGUGAGGUGAGCUGCUGUUGGAUCUGCACCACCUGUAAGGACAACGAGUAUGUGCAAGACGAGUUCACGUGCAAGGCCUGCGAUCUGGGCUGGUGGCCCGAUAAUGAACUCGCAGGGUGUCAACCUCUUCCUUUGAAAUACCUGGAAUGGAGCAGCGUUGAGUCCAUUGUAGCAGUUGUCUUUUCCUGCCUGGGUAUCCUGGUGACCCUGUUCGUAACCUUCGUCUUCAUCCAGUACAGAGACACUCCAGUGGUCAAGUCCUCGAGCCGCGAGCUGUGCUACAUUAUCCUGGCAGGGAUCUUCCUGGGGUACAUUUGCCCCUUUACCCUGAUCGCACGGCCUACGGUGGUCUCAUGCUACCUACAGCGCCUUCUAGUGGGUCUUUCAUCGGCGAUGUGUUACUCGGCAUUGGUUACCAAGACAAACCGCAUCGCACGAAUCCUGGCUGGCAGUAAAAAGAAGAUCUGCACUCGCAAGCCUCGCUUCAUGAGUGCCUGGGCGCAGGUAGUCAUUGCUUUCAUCCUCAUCAGUCUUCAGCUCACACUGGAGGUUGUGCUCAUUGUGCUGGAGCCUCCAGAACCAAUCAAGAGCUACCCGAGCAUUAGGGAGGCCUACCUUAUUUGUAACACUAGUAACGUGGGCAUGGUGGCACCACUGGGCUACAAUGGCCUGCUCAUCCUCAGCUGCACCUACUACGCUUUCAAGACACGCAAUGUCCCAGCCAACUUCAACGAAGCCAAAUACAUUGCGUUCACCAUGUACACCACGUGUAUCAUCUGGCUGGCGUUCGUGCCCAUCUAUUUCGGCUCCAAUUACAAGAUCAUCACCACCUCGUUUUCGGUCAGCCUUAGUGUCACUGUGGCUCUGGGCUGCAUGUUUACACCCAAGAUGUACAUCAUCAUUGCCAAGCCGGAGCGCAACGUGCGCAGCGCUUUCACUACAUCGGACGUGGUACGCAUGCACGUUGGAGACGGCAAGGCCGCCGCGUGCCAGAGCAACAGCUUCCUGAACAUGUUCCGCAGGAAGAAGAACAACGCCAACAGCAGCAAUACCAAUCCUAAUGGAAAGUCUGUGUCAUGGUCUGAAUCAGGUGCCCGGCCCCAGGCGAGGGGGUCGAGUGUGUUCCACAGACUGUCUGUGCAUGUGAGGAGGCAAGCAGUCGGCCAGAGUCAGACGGCGGUCAUCCGGCCCCUAACUAACGCCUCGCAACCCCUGCACCCCGAAUACGACCCCGGACUUGACACAGACCACAAUGGCUCACAACCUCACACCAAGGCUCUCUACAACCUCAACGAGGAGGCCGACGAUGGGUGCCGAACAACCCCAGAUAGAAGGGAGCCAGCUUCCUACUCACCUGCUCACCUGAUGGGCCUCACCUCUGACCCCCCACAAGUGGACACGCUAACCUCUAACAUAAGGGCUUUCAGUGAAAGGGUGAGCCCUGCGUACAGUCCAUUAUCCAAUCAGCUACCCCUGCCCCUUCAGGGGGAGAUGUUGUCUGAGGAGGGUUCAGAAAUGGAGGCUCUCGACCUUAUCCAUGGCUUCCUCUAUGACAGUACUGUACAGGAAGAAGAAGAAGAGGAUGAGGAAGAAGAGGGUGAGCAGGAGGAGUUGGCUCAAAGCAAGCUUAAUCUCCUCGCGCCGCCCUCGCCUUUCAGGGACUCGCUGCAUUCAGGCAGGUCGAUCCCAGGAUCUCCUGAACCGAAUCCCUCGGAGGAAGUGACCUACGCUCCCAAACAAAGCUCUUUUACACUGUGAGAGCAGGUGCUCAAGAUGCAGAAAAACACCUGGCUCCUGCUCCACUUCACUUCAUUUGUCUAAUUAACUUUUAGCAGUUGAGACCAGAAAACAAAACAAAUGGAAUGUCCUAUUAGGAUUACUGUUUUCAAGCUGGAGCAACAAAAUAAAUGACUUCUUGUUGUACCAGAACUUAUUGGAGAUACCAGUCGCUGCUGUUUGUAUGAAACACAAAGGACGAAACUCAGACUUUGGGUUUAUAAUGUACGGACUAUGUAGCCUGAGAUCAUUGUAAUAUAAAGUUUCCUACAUAAAUUAUAUCUAUACAAAAAAAAAAGUAUCCUUGUUGGAACUGAAACAGUAGUGCAAACAGGUACAGUUAGCAAAGUCUUGUAGGCAUGUAAUGCAGAUAAAGACACACACCUGAGGUCAAGAUAAGAAUUAUCAAGCUUGAAUGAUACACAAAAACAAGACUUUCGAAGAUGCCAAGUGAACAAACAGUUGUGGUCCGGACCACAGUCUAAGAAUAACCACCCUGUUUAAUGUCCAAUCGAUCCUGUGAUUGAUCCAGAUUUGUGUCACAACUGGUUAUGAUGAAAUCAUGUGGAAACUGUGUGUGUGUGUGUGUGUGUCUGUGUGCUUUUGCAUUUCUGACAGCGAUCUGAGUGUAAGGGUAAUUUUAGCACUUGCUUGAGGAGAUACACAAGGGAAGGAUUUUAUUAUAUUGUUAAGCGAGUAGUUAAAGUACUAUUUUAGUCUAAAUGAGGAUUUUUUUCCCCCUGUACUGCCAAGGUAAUUACAAAAAGGGAAUGGUUGCGCUGUUCUUCACAACUUGUUUUUUUUCUCCUUAUGAGAAAUUUCAUGCUUAAAGAUUUUGAACAUUUUUUUUUUCUUCUUCAAAUGUUUGUAUACUGUUCAGCCAGACACAAAUAACGUAUUUGUACUGUAUUUACCAUCAAUGUUUUUAUGAACACAAUGUGAGAAGAUUUCUACAUUUUAGAAACGUCUUAUUCCUCAUAACUCCCUCUUUGAAAAAAAGGGAUGUACAGUAUAUUAUGUUGAAUCUGGAAUAUCUCCAGAUACUGUUUUUUUUUUCUCUCCUCCAACUAAUCUCCUGUAUAUUUCACUUUUUAAGCUUUAUGGGUAGUUAUGCUUCUAGUGAUAACUCGUAGCAUUAACAAGUGACUUUUGCAUAGGAUUCUGAAUUUGCAACUUAUUUUAAUAUAUUCUUCCAUAUAACGGUAUUAGAAUGCGACUCGACAAAAAAUAUCUUAUUUAGCUGAUAUUCCGUAUUGUAUUUAUUAGUAAGUAUUUCUAACUUUAAUAUGAAAUCUUUUGUGUGAGUUAUUUGCUAAUUCUUUAAUGUCGAAGUAAUGAGAAAUGACAUCUGGUAACAUGGUCAGAAGUAGAAAUGAGGAGUUUCUUUCUUUCCUUUCUUCUUUUUUUUUCCUGCCCAGGACA